UCCUCGUCUCCUCCCCACGACCCGGGGGCGACCCAUCCAUUCCGGCGACCACUACCGUACCAUGGCGCCGCCGACGGAACUGUUGGACGAGCUCGUCGGUGAGGUUCUCCUCCGCCUUCCGCCUGACGAGCCCGAGCACCUCUUCCGCUCCGCUCUCGUCUGCAAGUCGUGGCUCCGCAUCGUCUGCCACCCCGCCUUCCACCGCUGCUACCGCGACUUCCACGGAGCCCCUCCCCUUCUCGGCCUCCUCCACCUGCUCCAGGUCCUCCAAGGAAGGCCCGCGCACCGCUUCGCCUCCACCACGUCGAUGCCGGACUUCCCCUACCCGUGCUCCGACGGCCACGGCAAGUACCCCAUCCCCUUCGACUGCCGCCACGGCCGCGUGCUCGUCCACAUGAUUCAGGACAGGAAGCGGGUUCUCCUUGUAUGGAACCCUGUCACGGGUGAUCGGCGCGUCUUCCCCGCGCCGGGCAUCGAUUGGAUCAUCGGCACCGCCGCGGUGUUGUGCGCCGUCGAUGGCUGUCGACAUCUCGACUGCCAAGGCGGCCCCUUCCGCGCGGUCUUCCUGGCCACCGACGACCACGACUUGCUCGUUAAGGCGAGCGUGUACUCAUCGGUCACAGGUGCGUGGAGUGCGCCAGUAACUCUUGACGAUGGUUGUGAAUGCUAUGCCCAGCACAUACGAGAUGACAUUGCAGAAAACCUCUACCACCUGCCCUAUGUCAUGCAUCGGCGAGUUGCUGUCAUUGGAGAUGCAGUCUACUUCACACUUCGGUCGGCUCACCAAAUCGUCAAGUACAACUUGCCAAACAACUGCUUAUCCAUGAUUAACCCACCGCCACACAUUGUGUACCCAAUUGCUCUCAUGGUGAUGGAGGACAGUUCACUGGGGUUUGCCUGGAUCGAUAAUUCUACUCUUUGUCUGUGGUCAAGGAAGGUGAAUUCAGAAGCAGCUUCAGAAUGGAUACAAUGCAGGGUCAUCGAGCUGAAGACAAUUAUACCCGUUGUCGAUCCAGAUUACGAACCAUUUGUGGUUGGUUCCGCAGAAGGUGUGGGUGUUAUCUUCAUGAGCACAGAUGUUGGCUUGUUCACAGUAGAGCUGAAGUCAGAGCGAGUCAGGAAGGUUGAUGAGCCUGGAGAGUACUUUAGCGUCCUGCCCUACAUGAGCUUCUACACUCCAGAUCGUGGCAGAUUGUUGGCGCUAGCGAAGACUCACUGAUCUCCGAUGUGCUGCUCAAUAGUGAUGCAUUGCAAAAUGGACAAGACAACCUAUCAUCUUUAGUCAGCUACUGUUGUCUUCUUCGAGCUACGAGUAUUCGGUUGUGUUUGUUUCUGUUGAGCAGUUUAUUAUCAAGCAUAAAGGGUGCAAGUCAAUUGUGAUCAGUCGUGGUUGUCCUCGUUCAGUUCAUCAUGAUAAUGUGGCUAGAGAAUUGUCUUUCAGUUUAUUAGGUUGGUUUCUUAUCUGUCAUGCAGUUUUAGGUGUGGAGCGUAGAUGUCAUCGCGUUCGGUUGUGAUUGUCAUGUACUCCCUUUGUCUCAAAAUAAAUGUCUCAGCCUUAGUAGAA